AUGAUCAGAUCUCUAAAAGGAAUCCCAGGCAGAAAUCAAACAGAAGUGACAGAAUUUGUUCUCUUGGGCCUCUCAGAAAAUCCAGACCUGCAAGGUGUGCUCUUUGCGCUGUUUCUGUCAAUCUAUAUGAUGACCAUGGUGGGCAAUCUGGGCAUGAUGGCAGUGAUCAGGAUCGAUCGCUGUCUGCACACCCCGAUGUACUUCUUCCUCAGCAGCCUCUCGUUCGUUGAUGCCUCUUCCUCUUCUACAGUCACUCCUAAGAUGCUGGUGAACCUUGUGUCUGACAAUAAGGCCAUUUCUUUUAAUGGGUGCGCUGCCCAGUUCUUCUUCUUCGGCUCCUUCUUGGGAACUGAAUGUUUCUUGCUGGCCAUGAUGGCCUAUGAUCGUUAUGCUGCCAUUUGGAAUCCGCUGCAGUACCCAGUCCUCAUGCCUGGGAGAAUUUGUUUCAUGUUGGUGGCUACUUCCUUCCUAGCAGGCUUUGGAAAUGCAGCCAUCCACACAGGGAUGACUUUCAGACUGUCCUUCUGUGGCUCUAACAAGAUCAACCAUUUCUACUGUGACACUCCACCUCUGCUCAAAUUGUCCUGCUCUGACACUCAUAUCAAUGGUAUUAUGAUCAUGGUUUUCUCCAGUUUCACUGUCAUCAGCUGUGUCCUCAUUGUUCUUAUUUCCUACCUGUGCAUCCUCAUCGCCAUACUGAAGAUGCCUUCUGUAGAGGGACGACACAAAGCCUUCUCCACCUGUGCCUCCCACCUCAUGGCUGUCACCCUAUUCUUUGGGUCAAUUCUCUUCAUGUACUUGCGACCUACCUCCAGCUACUCAAUGGAGCAGGACAAGGUGGUCUCUGUGUUUUAUACAGUAGUGAUCCCCAUGCUUAAUCCGCUCAUCUACAGUUUGAAAAAUAAGGAUGUGAAGCAGGCUGUGAAGAAGAUCUUACAGAAACACAUGCUGUAA